GACGACACAGCACUCGACCCAGCAGUGCCCCCACAAUGGAGCCCUCGAGUAGAACAGGCUUGCUGGCGGCUGUCCGGAUUCCUUUGUACCACCGCCACGUUCGUGCGCGGGAUAGGAUUCGGAUGGCGACGGGCUGGUACUUGACGACCGGACCGGCGCCCGUCAUCCAACGACCCUUCGCCGGUAUUUUCAACCCGUUCCCCUACAGGUGCUCCGUUCUGUGCAACCAUCCUGCCGAUUUGGAGGCUAGGAGUGGAUUCCGACGAGCAAGAAACUCGCAAUGGGCAGCAGAGGAUGGAGAUCAGGAGACAGGCGUUCAAUUCACAGGAGCGAAGCACGCUCGUCAUUCUUUCAUGAACGCACCAGCAAUGACGGAUGACUGGGUGCCGGAAGAGCUUUUCCGAAAGUAUACGGAGACAGAUUCAAGACCUCCUUCUCCGGCGCCAACACUUGCAAGUCUGGAGACGAUUAAAAAUUCGUCGAAUAAGAGGUCGGUCACUGCCCGCUUGUCCAGUGGAAAGGAGAACAAAACGCAGAUUGUUCUUGAUUUGAGACGGAGUCAUAGUCAAGAGACGCUAAGCUGGCGGGAAAUGGUGACGCCAGUGCCGCUGCUGCCUCCGCCGAGCCACGAGAAAGCGUCCACCACGGCCUCGCGUCGCUUCUUUUCGCCACCAUCGCAGCGUCAGCGGCCCUCUCCGCAGCAGGCCCGGCGGCCGCGGCCCCCUCCGCCCGCGCCUAAGCAUCUGGCCGAGAAACAGCCCGAAGGCGGGGCCGCCGCGGCCGCGCACUUGCCCGUUGCCCCCGAGGUGGUGGUGAUGACCGAAGAAGACCUGAACCUGGGUGGGGAAGCCACCCCUCGGAGGCGUGGGGUACGGCGGCGGGGACGCAAAAAGUCCCGGGGGCAGAGUCCGUCCAAGGAUUUUCAGCACCUCGAGGAGCCGGCCGAGACGCAGAUUUCCAUGGCAGACGGUGAAGAGCAGCAAGGGAUUGCAUCAUCGGAUUCCGCACAGGGAGCACUGGUGGUAGCCGAGGAUGUGUUAGGGGCGGGCGGCGGCGACGAGCUAAGGCCUCGGGGGCAUGAAGAGAAAACCUUUUCUUCAUUUCUCAGCGACGACGUAAUUCGCCAGCUGCAAAGACAGCUCGAUUGGCAUAAGGUUGAAGCUGAGUUCGACUUUAAGCGGAAAGUCGCUCUGACAGAAGCGAUGCGCGCACCAAAGCUGAUUUCCCCCGAGGGCACCGAAAAUACGUUUCAGCAGAACGAUUUGUGGCUCUCGGUGCCACGGUCAUUUUCGAGAAAAAGUGCCAGAUUUGAGUUGCCCAUGGACAGCAGAAAACUAAACCGGAUGACUCCACUUCAGUACGCGCAGCAACUGAUCCAAAUUUCUCGCAGUCGAAAGCUUUUGUACAACGAAAUAUUCAACAAACAUCGCGAGGACAGCGGGAUGGAAAACGAAGCCAGGUCGAUCAAAAUGAAGGUUUUGCCGACCAUUCUGACUGAAGUAAUGGGCCGUGAGAUCUCGAGCGAGGACCUCAAGUUGUUGUCCGAGUUGCUGGGCCUGCCUGAUGACAAGUGGAAGCAGCCAAGCACACUCGACUUUCGCACUUUUUGCGGCGUGUGUGCCAUCGCAGAGAGGGUGUUCGGCGCGCGCUGGGGGCUGCUCGAGACUGAACACAAGGACCCAAAGCACCUGGUCGAGUCAGCCGACUUUUCACGAUUGCAGGACCAACUGAACGGCAUGACGGACCCGGAAUCUCAAAUGCCGCGGCUGCUUUUGGUAAUAAGCAAUUAAUAAGGUCAAAAAGAUUUCUCCUAGUCAUCCCAUCGUAGAAAACUCGGAUUUACGCAUCUACAGGAAUGAGUUGUGCUUUGAAAAAAGUUUAAAUAUCACACCAAAACUCAUUCUAGGCUCAUCAAUUUUCAUUUAGCAAUAUAUUUUGUAUCAUUUUAACUUAUUUAAAUUAGUAUUAGGUUGGCUGAAAGUAAAAUCUGUGCAAUUUCGUUUCAUAUCUUUUAUUUUAUAUCAAUAUUUUGGAACAACACACAGACACACACAUCAGGUGCUCAAAAUUAUUUCUGAUUGACGUAACGUUCUACGCUAAGAGGGUUCUAAUUAUCACUUUAUCCUCAAUAUCGUUCAAUUUUCGUUUUCCAUCGUUCGCAGUCAUACGCAAACAUAUUUAAUAAUUGUUUCGGGGGGAGAAUCGAUACCUUUUUUUCAUUUUACAGGGAGUCACAGUUAAACAGUUUGAUUCUUUUUUAAGUUCUCUCCAUUCAACGCACGCGUCACUUUUGGCAAGCUUGGAAUGUUAUUUAAAAUUAUCAGAAUAGAAUAAAUUAUCUAUGGGAAUGUAUACAAAUGUAGAUUGUUGUGCACAAAUUUUAAUUAUAUUUUAUGAAAA